AUGGGUACUGCGAGGACAUCAUCCUCCAGACAACAGAUCACUACUGCCCCAUCACCUGCAGACCAUACUCGAAUUCCAUACACAUCUGCGUCGAAACGAAAGCGAAACGCCGACGAAAAGGCCAGUGUCGCAUCCACAUCUGCGAAACGUAAUCGUAGAAAUGGGGGCGAUCAUCCAGCGAUUCCUACGGACCCGAAGGAUGUGAUCGAUUUGACUAGCGACUCGCCUGUUGCUAGUCCACAAAAGAGGACCUCAAGUGCAAAGACGAAGCAAUCACCAGGCGAGGGGAUACCUGAACGUCGGGCUCGAGUCUUUCGCCGUAAGCCACCACAAACGUUCUUACAGCGAUUGAACCGUGCAACAACUCAGAGGAUGUUCGUCCUAGGACAUAUUGUCACGGGCGCUGACGAUAUUCCUGAGAUGAGCUUUGACAUUGCUGGGACAACUGGAAACAUCUACAAGACAGUUAUCGGGAAGGAGCCGACCUGCACCUGUCCGGAUGCUCGAAAAGGAAAUCAAUGCAAGCAUAUUUGUUACGUCCUAGUCAAUGUCCUCAAAGCUCCGCAACACCUACAGUAUCAGUUGGCAUUCUUAUCUAUGGAGCUUCGUGAGAUCUAUGAAGGAUCUUUUCUGAGUCGUGAGCAGACCAAAGUUGACGAUGACAACGGUGGUAAUAGGAAGGCCGUUGAAGGAGAUUGUCCAAUCUGCUUCAUGGAGUUUGAACCUGACAGAGAGGAGAUCGUCUGGUGUCGAGCGGCCUGCGGAAAUAAUAUCCACAAAACAUGCUUCCAACAAUGGGCUGUCUCACAGAAAUCUCAAGGUGUCCGCUGCGUUUUUUGCCGUUCCCCAUGGGAAGCAGAUACCAGCGACGUGAAUUUGGAGCAUCUCAGAGCCCAGGGGCAAACGACUGCAGAAGGAUACAUCAAUGUGGCUAGUCAGCUAGGCCUUUCCGGUCAACGCGACUAUUCGACAUAUCAUCCUUUCUGGGUCUCCCAACAAUUGUAUCCUUAUGGUUCGCGUAGACGCAGACGUUAA